AUGGCGACUGAAUCUCAUGUUUUCACGGCUGUGUGGUUGUGUUUAAAUUGUCAUACACGGAGAGCUUUAGCUGGGCAACUGGGAACAUCCGCCCCUACAGCCAAGCCCACAGUCGCACCCAAAACUCAGCCGUCUGAGACCCCUGUGUCCACACAGACACCUACACCAAAACCAUCACCUGGAAAGCAAGCAGAGGAGCAAACCUUUGCAAAGGCAGUGGUGACAACUUCAGCUGAUGCUCCUACCACAGAUACUGCUGCUAUAGGCACUCCUCUGCCCACUGUUGGCCCAGUCCCUGCUGCUGUUAGCACAUUCAAGUUGGACACAGCAUUCAAGACUGAGGAGACAACAGCUGUUGAGGAAAUGGGUGUAGCAGCACCAGUACCAUCUGCAGAGACUCGGAAAGCUGUUAUUAAUGCUGCUGAGGUCACUUUAAAAGAAACAGGCAAAGACACUGAAGGCCCUGGUGAGACACAACCUGACAUGGGAUCUAUGUCUAUGCCUCCAGCAGUGCUAAAUGAGACAGAUAUACUAAAGGUAAAUGAAUCUACUGAUACUCAUCUUGCUGCUAUAGAAGGACUAAAGGAAGAUGUUGUGAUACAGAUGGAUACCAGUAUUACAAAGAUUUCUGAGCUGGCUAAAGUGGACACCUUAAAGGUUGCAGAUAUUACAGACCAACAAGGACAGGACAUCUUGUCAGCUUCAGCCGAAUCAUACAGCUCAGCUGAGGAAGAGCUUAAAGAGAUACAGAGAGCCAGUGAAAUGUCCAUUGAAGAAACAGAUGCUAAACUGUUGCUUAUCAAAGCACCAGAUAAUGUAAAGCAAUACCUUGAGGACAGCAUUGAGAGUGAUCCCUCCCCUCAGAUACAGAGAAGAAGAGUGAGGCCAACUAGUACCAGCAGUGAGGAAUACAAACUAGAUAGUUCCAAUUCUGGAGAUGAUGAAGAGUUCAUACGAAGACAACUUAUGGACAUGGGUGCAGAUGAGACUGCGGUACCAUCUGAUGAGGAAAUCCAAAUCAGCGAACAGAGAGAAGAGAAAGAGCAGCAAAUAAUGCAAGAGGUCAUAGAGGUUGAAAAAUCAGAUAAGAAGACUAAAAGGGUUCUAAUGAAACUCUGUGUCGAGCCUGAAGAGAGUUCUGUUAACAGUCUUUCUUAUGACCAAGGGGAUCAAGUUGCUCAAGUCAUCCCUGUCUCAGAAGCAUUAGAAGAAACCAGAGUGGAAAUAGAUGUGUCUAAUGACAAUGAAAAUAUCAUAUUAACUGAUUUUGACACCACAGCAGUUGUUAUGACACAGAAAACCCCUGUUAGACAGGUAACAGAUGAGUAUGAGAGUAUAAUCGAAGACUCAUCUAAGGGUGAUGGGUCUUACAGUGUGCAGGUUUCUAGCAUCACGCCAGGAUCUGCUUCACCUACUUCUGUGUCCUCUAUUGAUGAAGACAGCGAUAGCAGCCCAAGACAUAGAAAAGCCAGUGCUGAAAGGAAGCACCAAAGAAAGACAAAACAAAGACAGCAGGGUCAACAGGCUCUUCCAUCUUCUGAGGAGGAUGAGGUAAGUGAGGACGUAAAACAGGAACAUCAGAGAGAUGUUGAUCAGCAGAAAAGAAAGGUCUCGAAAAAAUCCAAAACAGAAAGAGAUGUUGUUGGAACACAAAGAAGAAGUGAUCAUUUGACUGAAACUGAUAAAUUACGGCAGGCUGUUGGAAUUGAGGAACAGAAGUCCUCCUCUUCCUCCGACUUUUCUCGAAGUUUUGAAUCUGAACCAGAAAAUGACCUAAGAGAAAUCAGAGCAUCAUCAUCUGAAACAUAUGAGAGGCUUGAUGCUUUAGAGAAGCCACUAAAGAGUGCUGAAGAGGUAUAUGAAGAAAUGAUGCAGAAACCAUAUGAGAAAUGCACACCGCCCGACAUUGAACCGCUAUAUGGAGGCAUGUUAAUAGAGGACUAUGCUUAUGAAACUUUAGUGGAGGAACAAGAACAGGCUGCAACAGCUAUUUGUAAAACUAACCAGGAUCGAGAUGUGAGGAUACUUAUGACACCAGACGUGGCUUUUGAGCAGAUGAUGCAAAAAAGGAGUGCAAUCUUGCAAAAAGAACAGGAAGCUCAGCAAACAAAUGUUGACUCUUGUUAUGUGACUAUUUCUGGAAAUGAAAAGCCACUGUUGCAAGCAGAGGAUGCCUAUGAAUUGCUACUGAAGACACAAAAAGAUGUUAUAACCCCAGGAACAAGUCCGACACAAUCAACUCCUUUGUCUCCAGUCUCCCCUCUAUCUGUGUCUGAGUCGUCAUAUGAUUCCCCUGAAGUGAUACUAAUCCCCUCAAGUGGGGAAGAAGACAAUGCAGCUGAACCUAUUGAAUGCAUUUUGGAUCCUUACAUUACCAAGUCAACAUCUGCUCAGGGUGAAUCAGUAAAGAAAUCUUUAUAUCCUAUUCCUGACUUAAAGAUCACACAGUGCUCCUCGGGUGAAGAGGAAGUCGACGAAGAGGACAGCGUUCCAAAAGAAGAAAUGUCAUAUGAGCCAACUAACAAAGAAGCUGGUGAAUUUGAAGAACCAAAGGCCUCAGAAAAGUGUUUUGAGACUGAACCCAUUUCUGUCAUCUGUGAAGUUUCUUAUUCAAAACAUGCAGCAGAGCAAGAAGAAAAUCUUCCAGUUCAGGAUUCAACUAUAUCUCCACUCUCUCCACUGACAUCCCCAGAUUCAAAAAUGGCACAAUCGUCCUCUCCAAUGUCUGAUCAAACUCCUGAGCCAACUACUCCAUCAAGCCCCAGUGUUGCAGAAAUGUCUGCUCCAGUUGUAAUUCAGAUGCCAGACUUGGUGUCUGAGCAAACCACAGAACAUCCAUCAAUCACAACUACUCCUAUUGCUACUCCUAGAGCCUCACCACAUGUCGUAGCAAAUGCUGCAGAUUCUACUCAUUCAGAAGUUCCUGUUUCUAAGCAAAUGUCUGGUCCAAAACCAACUCCUGCACCAAAACCAUCAGUUAUGCAAAACCCCCCAGAAACAAUUAUUACUGAAACACCAGAGAGGGUUUCACUCUAUACACUGGAUUCAGCUCCUCGAGGUUCAGCUCAAACUCCUUUGGCUUGUGAAACACAUGAAUCAACUCCAGAUGAUAUAGUAGCCACUACACAAAAACAAACUAUUGCACCAGUGACUGCUCUAGAACAGAAGAAACCACAGAUUUCAAGUCAGACUACUGUUCCAGUGUCUGGUCCACCUGUACCUUUAAAGCAAACUUCUGUUAUUGUUCAAAUGCCAGAUCUUGUGUCCCUUUCAUUAGACCAUCCAUUUGCAGCAGCUACCUCGCUGUCCACUUCACAAGAGAGUCACAUUCCGAAAAUUACUCUAGCUACUGUCCAAAUGCAAGACCUGGUAACAUAUUCAGCUCAGUCUCCACGUCCUGUGGCUUGUCCAGUACCAUCUUUAGUCUAUGCUGCAGUUUCAGCCACAGGCUCAGCAGUGGAUCAAGAGCCUAUUUCUGUCUCAACAAUUGUAUCGACCCCAAAACUAGCAAAGAUUCCUGCAGCAGACCAAACUAUUUCUGCUCAAAUACCUGUGUCAGCUGUUGAGCAGAUAUUCCCACCACUAUCUGCUCCAUCCACUAUUCCUACUGUAGCAAAAGUCAUUCAGCCACCAACCAGUGUUUACGUUCAAAUUCCUUUUCAGAGUGUAGUUGAAACCAUAUCAAACAUUGCACCACCAUUAGAUCAAGCAGCACUCAUCGCACAUCCAGUAGGUCAAACAGAGCCCAUUGCUACAAAGACGGUCUCUGUUGUUUCUCCUACGAUUACUACAACUGUGGCUGUUGGAGCAUCAUCCUUUCAACCACUUCAAUCAGUGUUGGCAGACAGUCAGUCAAGGGUGGAAGAAAUACAGCAGUUACAAUCAGUUUCACAAAUUUCUCCUGCUGUGCUGAAUCAGCAAGGUCAAAUUGUCAACGUACUGCCAAAUUUUGAAAAUGUGUCUCUGAUAAGCCAGGCAGCACAGGGUGUCAUUGCAAACUCAAUGGCAGUUAAAACAACUAUUGGAGAUAUUAUUGUAAGCAUUUCCCCUCAUACUUGGACAGCCACAGUUCCUAGUGUAUCGAGUGCAGCCAUGGCAACAGCUUGUGUCACUGAUUCAAGAUAUUCACCCUGUAUAAAAUCUGAAAUUAUUGAACCUUAUGUGAUAACUGUCUCUAAAGAUAGAACAGAUAAACCAGUGAUUGAAUUUCCACCACCUCCCCCAGCAUCACCGCCAGAACUGCCCUCUAGUGCAGUACUCAAGCUUGAUUUGAACCAGCAAAUGACAGUCUUCACUCCCUCAUUCGUGAAAACAAUUCCACCUGAUCCCAGCAUGACUGCAAAACCAUAUAUGACCCCAACACACAAAUCACCACCCCCUGUCCCUCCCAAACCCAUCUGUGUUCCACCAGGACUUGUGUUUAGUCACAGAUCAAGAGAGAGUGUAAAACCACCAGUUAGCCCUGAACCGGUGGUUGUUCAAGCAGUGCGUGCUGCAACUUUGCCAAGAACAAGAGAACCUCCGAAUGCACUGUCACUAAGUUUGAGUGCCCCUGUUGAGAGCAAGCAUAGUGCUUCAUCACCAAAAUCACCAUUGUCACCCAGAUUUGCCAAAACUCUUGAGACAUAUGUGGUAAUAACAUUACCAUCAGAGCCAGGAUCACCUGUGGAGGGCAUUACAACCCAAGCACCAAUGCGAAAAUCAUCACUUCCAACUCCUAGGCAGCAGGUCCCUACUGAAGGUCCUAGAAUUCACAACAGAAACUUCUCAUAUUACCCCAGCAAUGGAUUCAACACAAAGUAUAACAGCACCUCCUAUAAUGAUCGCAGGGCCUCCAACAUUGGUUUCAGCACCAUUUGUAGUGGCAUCAUCAGAAUAGCACCUGUUGCAGCAGCACCACGCAUUGCCAUGGAAACUACAGCAUUUCCAGCAACUGUGUAUACUGCACCUUCCAUGGUUUUUCCCAUGGCUUUACCAUCAGCAAUGCCUACAUCAGAACCAUCAAAGGAGGUGACAGUAGUCUUGGCUCCAGUUUCUACCUUUUCUACUGAAAUUGUUGCACAGCAUACAGGAAGUGAGGUACACCAUGAACUGGAGAUGCAACAAAUGCAGACAAAAUAUUCUGCACCACUAACAAUAACCCAGAUUCCAAUCCCAAUUCAAAAUGAAGACAUUCAAGAUUUCGAUAUGGAGGAAGUACUUAUAGUCUCAGCUCCAGAAGAGGCAUUAACUGGCUUUGGUUCAUCACCAGUUUCGAUAACAAAGCAAACAGUUUAUGAGCAAAAAACAGAUUCUCAAGCAGUAUCCAACACAACAGCUGUGCCAUCGAUUCCUGUCACAUUUACCCAAUUCACAAAGUCGGUAGAGAGUCAAGAAAUACGUGGGCAAGAUAAAGUUAUAUCAAGCAUGAGCCAAGUCUACUCUACAAUUUCAACAUCCGAGCAUCGUCCUGUCACAUUGCCUAAUCUUGUUACUCAAGUUGUCACUACUGAAGUGCAAAGAACUACCACAGUUUCAGUUGUCCAAGAAAGGAUUCCUGUUGAGCCCAUUCUUGAGCCUAUCAAUGCUGUCACAAUCCACCCAGAAGUCCAACAGAAACACAAACAGAAUGGAAGAAUACACUACCCAAAUGAUGUUGUAGAUCUUACAACAUUUAAGGUCAAUGUUACAAUGUCUGACCAAGGCAUGGAUCUGACAGCCCCAGAUUCCAGUAGGUUGGCUUUGUCAACCAAAUCAAGUGGACGACAGGCCACAGCUGUACAGCCAGAAAUUGUGAAUCUUAGUACAGAAAUACUCCCCACUCCAAUGCUCUCUUUCGUAACUGAUAGUAUAACAAUUGUCACUUGCACAGCUACAAUUGCUUAUAACAACAACAACAUGGUAGACAAGCCUCUGGACCUGGGAAAUGCUUCUUUAAUGCCUCUUCCACUUACCACAUACAAUCCAUUUGAGCCUCUUGCACAGAUAGUGUACCGACCUGUAAAUUCUCAACCCAGGCCUAUGACCAAUGCUGAUAUCCCCGUUAACCUGUCAUACAGAGCUGUUGCUAGCGCAGCCCCUCCUUUAAUGCCUGUUACACCAGACUCAGUAAGCUUUACGAAUGGCAUUGAUGCCAUACCAGUACAUAUAGAGCCAUCAAUAGUUGGACCUGUAGACCUUACCACUUCUAAGCCAAUGAGAACCAUGGUUUCUUUGUCAUCAUCUUCUGGGGUGGUCACAACUGUUGUGGAGGAUGAUGGAACACCUGUGGAUCUAACAUCUGGGAGGAGAACUGUUUGCUGCGAUGUAAUUUACCGGUUUCCAUUCACAGGGAGCUGUAGAACACCGCCGCCGGUGACCACACAACCAGACAACCAGUUGGGCUUCAGAGAUGUUCACUAUCAACUGGAUAAUGCCACAACACCUGUAAUUGAAGAUCUCAGUACUGUGAAGGGUUCUAUAUCAGACAUUAAUUUCAAUGAAACUGGCCUCUUUGGCUUUGAAAGAAGGAACGGAUACACCUCUCAGAAUGAGGCAUCUGAAGGAGCCAUCGAUUUGACAUCUUCUAAAAUGUCAACAGGUCAGAACGACAAUGAAGCUUUAGACUACUCAAAGAAAGACACUCUGGCAUUCACUGGGAUCACCACUAAUCCAUAUUCUCAAGGAACAUCGUUUGGCAUUAAUAGUUUGCUUAGAUCAUCAAAUGGCAUUGUUUACUCAUCUGUUGCAGCACCUGUGCCAUCCACGUAUGCCAUUACUACCCAACCAGGUUCAAUAAUUAGCACAACACACAAUAGUCUCACUGGCUCUACAGAGCCAGCACUUCAAAAUCAGCCUGCUCCAUUUGGCUUUGUACACACCACAACCAUAGACCAGUCAAUAUUUCCACAAUCUGAUAUUUCAAAGGAUAUCCUUCCUUCUGCACUAGUCAGUCUCCUUCCCUCUCUAACAGCCUUCCCCGAGCUCUACUCAGAUGCUGCCCUUGAAGCAAUAGCAGUCUCAUUGGAUACCUUGGUAUCCCCAAAUUUCCCAGACUUAGAUGAUAGCAAGAGCCAGCAGUACAAGGCUGAGCAUGAGUUUUUACAGCUAGAGAAGUUGAAGCAGCUAUGUCUCGCUGAGGAGCUUGAAUGGGAGAGACAAGAGAUCCAGCGUUACCGUGCCCAAGAGCAGCUCAUUGUUCAAAAGGAGCUAGAGGAUCUUCAGAUCAUGAAGCAACAGCUUCUAAUGCAACAAGAAGAGGAACGUAAAGCUCACUUAAUUCAGCAACAAGAAACGUUUGCACAACAACAACUGCAGCUAGAGCAAAUUCAUGGCUUGCAGCAGCAACUCCAAAAACAGCUUCAAGAGCAGAAGAUAUACCCAUAUGGAUUUGGGCCAAGUGAUGGAAUCUCCCCACCUACCAGCUCAGAGAUUAUACUUGAUUCCAAAUAUUCUGGUAGAGAUGGUGGGCAGUACUGGCCAGUGAAGGAUGAUAACUCCAUUUCACCUGCGUUGACCAUCCAUGAUGCUACAUCAGGUCCAAACUGGCUCACCAGCACCACUUCUGGUGCUUUUACUCCUGUAUCAGUGAGUACAAUGACAAAAGAGCAAAUUAACCUGCCUGAUUCAGCCAAGGAGGAGCAGAGUGUAGGAUUUAGUAGCAAGACAUUAGUUGAAAGUGGCGUCCAAACAGAUGAUGAAGAUGGGUCUGAGAGGAUUACUUCCGGCAGAAGGAGAAGAAGUAGGAGAAGUGUUGAUAGCUGUAUGCAAACUGAUGAUGAGGAUCAAGAAGAAUGGGAUGUCCCUGUUCGGAGCAGACGCAGGUCUCGUUCCAGUAGAUAUACUGAUGGAGAGAAGGGUAAAAGCUCCAAGGUAUCGAGUAUUGCUAUUCAGACUGUAGCAGAGAUUUCAGUUCAGACAGAGCACUCAGGGACAAUCAGGAGGUCUCCUGUCCGGGCUCAGGUGGACACUAAGGUCAAUUUACACAGGGAGGGCCAAACAGAGAGUGAUUCAGAUGUGACAUCAGACAAAGAUAAAAGGCACCCAGCUCCAUGUGGGAUAAAUGUUAGCACACACUUGUCAGCUGACGAUGUUGGGGCCUCAUUGGUUGCCAAAUCUCCUAAGGUAUUAUGCUCCCCAGUUUCACCCGUGCCCCUUGGGAAAAGCACAAAGAAGAUGCUUACGGCUGAGCCAUUGAGGCAUCUCAGCAGCCCAAGAUCACUAAAAGCCUCAGAGCGAUCUAUAUCUGACCCCAAGUCACUCAGUCCAACGACUGAGAACAGAAUGAUGUACCAGUACUCUGAAAGCUACUCUAGCAAGGGCUCACAGUGCAGCACACCUGUUGGCUCUCAGAAGAAAGUAAAACGUACCUUACCUCAUCCACCACCAGAAGAAGAUCCCAUCAUUGGGUACUCCACCGCCUCUGCCCGAAGAAGAAUCAGCCGGAACACCACUAUGGCUCGGGCCAAAAUCCUGCAAGACAUCGACAAAGAGUUGAAUUUGGUUGAACGUGAGUCCUCCAAACUACGUAAGAUACAGGCAGAACUUGAUGAGGAAGAGAAAGAGAUAGAUGCUAAAUUGAGAUAUCUGGAGAUGGGUAUAAAUCGAAGAAAAGAGGUUUUACUGAAAGAGAGAGAGAAGAGAGAAAGAGCCUACUUGCAAGGAGUGGCAGAAGAGCGAGACUACAUGUCAGAUAGUGAGGUCAGCAACAUCAGAGAGGCUCGAGGUAAUGGUCAUGGACUAGAGCGGCCACGGACUGCCCCACAGUCUGACUUUAACCAGUUCAUCCCACCACAGACUGAGACUGAGUCCCAGUAUGCCCAGCUCACAAGCCCAUACUCCCAUUAUCAGUAUGCUUCCCAAAGCCAGACACCACAGCAGACAUUAUAUCAACAGUCUCUUUACCAUCAGCAAGUGUACCCCUACCAAUCCAUCUACUCGUCAGUGCCCUUACUCAAUCAGCAGUCCCAGCAUACUGGCUAUGACCAUUCCUCCCUCCUUUUGAUGCCACAAAAACCCCAUCAGACUACUUUGUCUGACUUAGAGCAAAAGAUUACAACAAACUAUGAAGUCGUACGCAACCAGCCUCUCCUAAUUGUCCCUACAUCCACAGAGAGUGCCUAUGGAGUGUCCCAUCUCGGAGGUAAAUAUGGUAGCCUUGACCUGAGAAUGGGCCUGGAGGAGAGAGCCAGCAUGGCCAGCAGCCCCAUGUCCAGCAUAUCAACAGAGUCCUUCUUUGCAGACCUUGACAAUCACAAUACCAGAAACUAUGUCUUGAUUGACGACAUAGGAGAACUCACCAAGGGCUCCACAGACCUCGGUUCAAGUUUCAGUAUUGCCAAUAAGGACAUUAGCAAAGCAGACCGUCUGCUCCGCACUGCCGAGGUUCGUCGGACAGCAGAUGUGGCAGACUUUCUCAGUCCUUUUCAAGCUGCUUCUCGACUGCAUUCAUAUAGCAAAGUGGAAGAGGAUUCCAUGGAAGAACCGUAUGAAUUAAAGAUGCUAAAACAGCAAAUCAAACAGGAAUUCCGGCAAGGCACGGAUAGCCUCGAACAGCUUACAGGUCUGCCUCACUACCUCCACUCAGACACCGGUUUAAGGCAUUUUCCCAAAGCUGAUAAAUAUAGCAUUGGAAGACUGACUUUAGAGAAACAAGCUGCAAAGCAACUUCAUGCCUCCGUUCUUUACCAGAAACAGCUGAAGAAUAAAAAGGCACUAAUUGACCCCAAAAAAAAGUUUUCACCCAUCCAAGAGAGCCGAGACUUGGAGCUAGACUAUAGCAGUUUUUUGGCCACCUCUGGUUCGUCGGUAGGUGCACUGUCUGCCAGGGCAAGGCUCUUGCAGGAUGAGAUCACAUUUGGUCUCAGGAAGAACAUAGCUGAACAACAGAAAUAUCUGGGUUCAGCACUUGGUGCUAACCUAGCUCAGUCUCUCAACUUUGGCCAAUCUCUCAACCUGGGGCCAAAUAUAAGGUCAUCGCUCCAUGAUGACGGCACCUACCCCAUCGGAACUCGUUCAAGACCCUCCUCUCGGCCAUCCUCUGUAUAUGGACUUGACCUGUCUAUCAAAAGAGACCUCUCAAACUCCUCACUGCGCCUGAAAACAGAGGGUGAGGGUAUGGAUUCACAGAUUGUAUCAGCUAGGGCUAAACCCACAAGUCUGCCAAUUAGUCAGAGCAGGGGUCGAAUUCCCAUUGUUGCCCAAAAUUCUGAAGAGGAGAGUCCACUGAGCCCUGUUGGUCAGCCCAUGGGGAUGGCCAGAGCUUCUGCAGGCCCACUUCCACCCAUCUCAGCAGACUCUCGUGAUCAGUUUGGCUCAAGUCACUCUCUGCCAGAAGUCCAGCAGCACAUGAGAGAGGAGUCCAGGACAAGUGUCUAUGAACGAGACAUUGGCUUUAUAAAGGAUGAACUUCAAGGGGCCAUGUCAGAUAGCGAAGCUGGAGGUCCUAGCUGGAAUGUGAAAGCAUACCACCUUCAGAACGAAGAGACGGAUUGGUUUGACAAACCCCACCAGGGUCGCGGUGGACCAGAGGUUGGGCAAGGUCCAGACAGGAGACAGAUGAAAGGCAAUCAUUACCCCUUCCCACACGCCCGCAUCAAACUGCAGCGGGACCCCAAGGACAACACCGUAUCAGGGAGCGGGCUGGGAAUCAGAGUUGUGGGCGGGAAGGAGAUUCCAGGGACCAAUGGCGAGAUCGGAGCAUACAUUGCCAAGGUUUCAGCAGGAAGGUAUGCCGAGCAGACGGGGAAAGUUGUAGAAGGAAUGCAGGUUCUGGAGUGGAACAGGAUCUCUCUGGUGGGAAAGACCUAUGAAGAGGUUCAGAGUAUUGUAGGUCAACAGUGUGGAGAGGCAGAAAUAUGUGUGCGCCUAGAUUUCAACAUGCUCUCUGACACAGAACACCCUCAACAACUCGAGCUCCAAACUCAACUGAGAGCUGGUGAACGGCAGCGUUCUCCAGGUGUCGACCCAAAGCAGCUGGCUGCAGAGCUGCAGAAGGUUUCCCAGCAACAGGCUCCAGCCUCCGUCCUCUCCGCUUUGGAAAGAGCCGGACAUUUGCACUCUGUCACUGGAUCUGCUGCAUCCAACGGCGUCCCCAGUCCCGGACAGCCCGAGUCGUCUUCAGUCAACAAGAAGCGACACAGCAGCAAGUCCGCAGAGGCUCUGAAGACCCAACCGCAUUCGAUCACCGGUGAAAUACAACUUCAAAUCAACUAUGACAAGAAUAUGGGUAACUUGAUUGUUCACGUGCUUCAAGCAAGAAACCUCGUUCCUCGAGAGAACAACGGAUACUCGGACCCUUUCGUUAAAGUCUAUCUCUUGCCAGGGAGAGGUGCUGAGAACAAGAGAAGGACUAAAUAUAUCCAGAAGACGCAGAACCCCGAGUGGAACCAGACUGUCAUUUAUAAAAACAUCCACCUGGAGCAGCUGAAGAAGAAAACUCUGGAGGUGACUGUGUGGGAUUAUGACAGAUAUUCCUCAAAUGAUUUUCUGGGAGAAGUGCUCAUUGACCUCUCAAACACGGCCCAGCUGGAUAACACGCCUCGCUGGCACCCCCUGAAGGAGCAAAGUGAGAGCAUCCACCAUGGAAGAGGUCAUGGAGGGCAACCGGGGAACCAGCAGUCUCCCAAAACCUCUGUCAUCAAGAGCCAAAGUCACGGCAUCUUCCCUGACCCCGCUAAAGACACACAGGUAACCACAAUAGAAAAGUCCCACAGCAGUCCCGGCAGCUCGAAAUCUUCCUCUGAGGGUCACCUGCGCUCCCACGGGCCCUCACGCAGUCAGAGCAAGGGCAGCGUCACCCAAGCACACCUGGAGGAAGCCGGGAACGCCAUCGCUGCGGCCGAGGCUGCGGUUCAACAGGCCCGACUGCAGCCAAAUAAAACAAGCCACAGGAUGGUUGAUGGUGAUGGAUACACACUGGACAGUGAAGAUGGGAUGGGCACUAAUGCCCUGGACAGUGCCAUCUUUCAGGUCCCUCAGCUGAAAAACAUUCCUAAUGGAACAGAUAAAUGCAGAGGACUGGAAUCGCUCAACCUGUCUGACUCUGAUGGAAAAAUGAUGGGUGAGAUCAAGGUGGCUCUGAAGAAGGAGAUGAAGACUGAAGGAGAGCAGCUGGUUCUUGAGAUCCUGCAGUGCAGAAACAUCACCUACAAGUUCAAAUCUCCAGACCAUCUACCUGACCUGUAUGUAAAGCUCUAUGUGGUGAAUGUGGCAACCCAGAAGAGGAUCAUCAAGAAGAAGACCAGAGUGUGUCGUCAUGACAGAGAGCCGUCCUUCAACGAGACGUUUCGCUUUAAUCUGAAUCCUGUUGGCCACUCUAUUCAGCUGUUCCUAGUAUCAAAUGGAGGGAAAUUUAUGAAGAAGACCCUGAUCGGCGAGGCCUACAUCUGGCUGGACAAAGUGGACAUGCGUAAACGGGCUGUCAGCUGGCACAAGCUAGUGCCCACCACCAAUCAAACGCAGCCGUGAUCAGACGUCCACACAUCACCCAUCAAUGCCCUUCAAAAGAAGUGUGUGAAUCUGCAACAAUUGACAGUUGCAUUUCAUUGAUUGUCGCAGUGACUAAUUGAAUACUGUAACGAUGUGACCACCCGUUCCACCACUAAAAGUGUAUUUGAGACCUUCUGGAAUCCCAAGCGCCCUCCAGAGCAUGUAGGCCUAAAUCUCCACUCUUUGACCACUUUGACCACUGCAUCUUCUUGGGAGUCAUUUCUGCAACCACAUUCCUGAUGGUCAAAUCAUAAAUGAGAAAUCAAAGUCACCAUCGGAAUGGGCCAUUGAUUACUUUGUGCAUUUCAUUCACAUCUCCAAGGUUAUAUACAAACAGUAUAUAGUCCUCACAGAAACAUUUCUCACAAGGAUAUACACGUAGUGGAAUCUAUAGUUCUUCAAAGUAUUGACAUUAUCAUUUAAUAUGUAAUGAUAUCAGACUGUGAUAUGCACUAUACGGAGGUUAUACUGUAAUUAAGAAAGACAAUCUUAAAUGUUAUGGGUUUCCCUCUUGUUGAAUGCAGCGUUUGAGAAAUCCCUCCAUUUAUAAAGUCUCGAAUGUCGUCUCCUACAUUUAGAGAAUGUUAAAACGUCAGGUUUAUGCCAUGAGACGUUGCACGUGAAUCCAUCAUGGAGUUGAGUUGACGUAACUGGUUUGAUGAUUUUAACGUUUUGAGGUUUGUCGACCUGACUUUAAGCAUGGACACCAAAAAGAGGGUGUAUUUUGUUUUUAGGGCACCUGAUGUCUGUCCAAAAAAAAAGUAUGAUUGUAUGUGUCCACGAUCUGUGUUUGUUUUUGAGCAGCAUCUUGACGUAAAUGUCUUGUUCGUGGUCCAAUGUUGUCAUCAAUAGUCUGUUUUGUGACCAAGUUCAAUGUUGAAUCCAAUUAUGCAAUGACAAAAAAUAACAACGAGCGUACGUUUUAGACAUUGAGACCUCCCUAACGUUCCAGUAAGGGUUUUGGCACAAUUGGCUCCAUUAAAUUCCGGAAGUAAUGUCUGUGUUUAUUUUAACGGUGCGACGUGUUUGUCCUGUCACGUAAAGUGUUAUCUGUUUAUGUCAGUUUUGCUAUUAAGGACGAUUAAUUUUCCUUGCCAUCUCAAUCAGUGUAUAACAACAUUACGUGCCAUUUAUUGAUAAAGGCACACGUUUUCAUCAGUCUAUGUCAUGAAAAACACCAGACGGUAACUUAACAGUCAAUGUUUUCAUUAUCGAUAUCCACGGACAUCUCUCACAUAGGAAACGCAUGCCAAGGUUUCUGUAUUAUUUGAUCUAUGUCCUGCACACGUGGUGCACAGAUGUACCUGGAUAAAAGGAUGCUGUCAUAGUAAGACAAACAAGGGUGCAGUGCCAACCUGAUGUUUUAACCAAAUCCACUGGUUCAGUUUGGGUAAAUCUAUGCAACAUGGAUUAUGUUCUUUGACAUAACAUAUGUCCUUAACAUAUGGCAUCAAGCUAGAGUCUGAAUAGAUGUAUAUCUGUUAAAGAGAAAAAAAAAGAGAAAUUAUGUAUAUUGUAUAGUGUUUAUUUAUUUAUUUUGAACUUCCUCUUUGGCUUUUACGGCACGGUACAUAUCGAUCAUAUGCACUUUACAUUGCCCUUUUAGGGCAUAAUUGUGAUGGCCAAUUUAAAUCUGUAACUAACAAGUAUCCUCGUUUUAAGCACAUUCAAUUCUUAAUAACACAUCUGUUUGACUGCUUCUUACCCUCUUAUAUUGCAGUUCAAUAUUAGCCCAUUGUUUUUUAUGUUGGGAGAUUUAAAAUCAUAUUGUGUUGGAUGAAUUAUGUUGCCGUAAACAGUGUGAAUGUGAUUUAUUUGUUUGUUUGUUUGUUUGUAAAUAUAUAGGAUAUUUUCUACAAGAAGAGGUCUGAAUAUCUACUUGGUCUGAUGUUGAGCAUGUGAUUGUGAUCACAAUGUCAAACUUUGUCUGUACAUAUUGUAUUUGUCUAGCUGUGUAAGAAAGUAAUAACUGGAUUGGUUUAAUCAUGUGUUCGAUCAACCCAUUCCGAUCUGUUUGACAAAAUCAACAUCAUCUCUCAGAAUGAAAAUGAUACGGUUUCAAGCAAAGAAAAGCGAAAAAAGACAACACACAAAUUCCUUACCGGUUGAACGGUCAUCAAAGAGUUUCUAUGUUUUUACAUAGAUGUUGCAUGUUUUGUUAGAUGUUUGUUGAUAUAUUUUGCCUCCGUAUUCUGUUUAAAAAGAGAGAAAAAUGGAAAACAACAUCUGACGUUGUAUGCAGACUGUAACAAUGCUUGUAAAAUGAGUCUUGUUUUUCACUUCGUGUAUAAAAAGAAGAUAAAAAUCUAAUGUUAUGGUUUUGUGGUUGUCCACAGGAUGUCAUGAAAAUUAUGCAAAUUGUGCAGUAGAGAAAAAAAAAUACUAUAUGAUUAAAAACUAUAAAAUAAAUGAAAAUUUUCUCCCUGUUUCUAA